GGGGCAGAGGCCCGGACUUCCGCCGCCGGCACCGCCUCCUGCUUGGGUGGUCUGGCGCCAGCUGCGAGGGUAGCUGAGCAGUCGUGGGCUCUCGGACGCGGACUCGGGGAGUCCAUCCCUAGCGCUCAGCCGCAGGCGCGGAGAUCGGAGCGCACCUACUGAGCGGGCACCUGCGCGUGAGGAGGAGGAAGGGCAUGGUCAGCGCCUGAGUCACCCGCGAUCCAGCCUGCACGCGGUGGCCCCUGGCUGGGGCGAAGCGCCGCCGUCUUUAUUCCCGUUCCCCACUGCAGUGUGGGCCACCGGCUGCGGGAUGAACUGUCGCUCAGAGGUGCUGGAGGUGUCGGUGGAGGGGCGGCAGGUGGAGGAGGCCAUGCUGGCUGUGCUGCACACGGUGCUUCUGCACCGCAGUACCGGCAAGUUCCACUACAAGAAGGAGGGUACCUACUCCAUUGGCACCGUGGGCACCCAGGAUGUGGACUGUGACUUCAUCGACUUCACCUACGUACGCGUCUCCUCUGAGGAGCUGGACCGUGCCCUGCGCAAGGUUGUCGGGGAGUUCAAGGACGCGCUGCGUAACUCUGGGGGUGAUGGGUUGGGGCAGAUGUCCCUGGAGUUCUACCAGAAGAAGAAGUCUCGCUGGCCUUUCUCAGACGAGUGCAUUCCCUGGGAAGUAUGGACAGUCAAGGUGCACGUGGUAGCCCUGGCCACUGAGCAGGAGCGGCAGAUCUGCCGGGAGAAGGUGGGUGAGAAGCUCUGCGAGAAGAUCAUCAACAUCGUGGAGGUGAUGAACCGGCACGAGUACCUGCCCAAGAUGCCCACGCAGUCGGAGGUGGACAACGUGUUCGACACAGGCUUGCGGGACGUGCAGCCCUACCUCUACAAGAUCUCCUUCCAGAUCACCGACGCGCUGGGCACCUCGGUCACCACCACCAUGCGCAGGCUCAUCAAAGACACCCUUGCCCUCUAGGCUGUCCCGGGGCUGAGGGCUCUCCUUGAUGGCUUGCAGACCUCGGCUUCUGGGGAUCGUACUGUUGGGCCCUGGGCGCUUGGGAACCUGCUCCAGGUCCUCAGUGAGCCUUGGGGUGGCCACCCCUGGCUUCCUUAUUUUGUGGUUGCCAGUCUCUGGUCAUCAUCCUUUUCACCCUGGCUGAUGGCCAGUUCUGGCCCUCACUGUCUCUCCAGUGGGCCCCUGGUGGGGGUUCCCUUCCUCCUCCGCUGUACGGAAGAGCCAUCACUAGGAUGGUGAAUAAAGUUGAGAAUGUGA